GCGGCGUGGAAGAAGGCCGUGCGGACUCCAUCUCUGACCAUCGCCUUUCUUCCUCCUCCUCCCUCCCCCUUCCUCCUCCUAUCUGCAAAUCCUCCUCCCGCACCGCGACCCACGCCCCUCUCCCCCCCUCCGGCGGAGGCGGCCGUCGCGGUGGUGCACCCCCCGGCCCUCAAGCUGACCCCACCCAGCCGCUACGCGGAGGCGGCCGGCGCCGGCGCCGGCGGGGCGGAGCGGGGAGACAUGCACAGAUCGGCGGGGGUCGCGAUGGCGUGGAACGUCUUCCGGUUCUGCACGGCGCUCCGGGGCCUGGGCUCCAUCAUGAUCCUGCUCGUCCUCGCCAUCGUCGGCGUCACCUACUACGCCGUCGUCCUCUGCAACUACGGCCCCGCCCUCCUCCUCGGCGGCGGCGCCACCCUCGCCGCGCUCGCCGUGCUGCUCCUCUUCCACUUCCUGCUUGCUAUGCUGUUAUGGAGCUACUUCUCUGUUGUCUUCACCGACCCUGGUUCUGUUCCGCCAAAUUGGAACCUUGAUUUUGACGAGGAAAGGGGAGAAACUGCUCCCCUCUCUAGCUCAGACUUCAAUAGCCAAAUGAACCCACAGCAGUCUAUGGCUCUCGGUGAUACGGGAAAUCCGAGGAUGAGGUACUGUAGGAAGUGCAACCAACUUAAGCCCCCUCGGUGCCAUCAUUGCUCUGUCUGUGGAAGGUGUAUCCUUAAGAUGGACCAUCACUGUGUAUGGGUUGUUAAUUGUGUUGGGGCGCUGAACUAUAAAUACUUUCUUCUCUUCCUGUUUUACACCUUCCUUGAGACGUCGCUUGUUACCCUCUCUUUAUUGCCUCACUUCAUAGCCUUCUUCAGUGAUGUCGAGAUCCCAGGAACUCCUUCAGCACUUGCAACCACAUUUCUCACAUUUGUGUUGAAUCUGGCCUUUUCCUUGAGCGUUCUGGGUUUUAUGAUAAUGCACAUUUCACUUGUUUCUGGUAAUACAACAACGAUUGAGGCAUAUGAGAAGAAAACUAGUCCACGUUGGAUGUAUGAUCUUGGCCGGAAGAAGAAUUUUGCUCAGGUCUUCGGAAACGACAAAAAGUAUUGGUUCAUUCCGGCAUACUCAGAAGAGGACCUGCGAAGGAUGCCCGCUCUGCAGGGCCUCGACUAUCCUGUCAGGACAGACUUGGAUGGGCAAGAGUUGUAACAACACUGAAUUUCCCCAGUGCCCCUGACGACACAACCUUGUGCUGGACGGACAAAAUGUUUCAUGUAAAAUUCGACGGUUUUCACUUCAGCUGUCGAUGGUAUGGCAAAAGAAAAUCAGGCAUACUGUAUACACCAGCUGUUGUGUUACACUCACUGGUCCUAGAGGGCAUGUGAUGUAAAUUAUUUCUAGCAUAUGUUCUCAAAAGGAAAAAGGGAAAUUCCGGUGUCCUCUAGAUGGGCAUUGAGAUGCAUAUGCUGUACUUUGACUAAGAGUAGCCGAUUCAGAAAGAUACCAUUUGUUGAUGAAAAAUGACUUGCGUAAAUCGGUGGAUUUGUGGAUAUGUAAUUUUGUUGUUUUAAGUCUUGUAUAAUGUCCACUUUGUAUGUCCAUCUUUCCCUAAAAAAAACUUUGUAUGUCCA